AUGGCUGCGGCUCGUGAGACAUAUUGCACCGAAGCCGUUAACUGCGUUAAACAAUCUAUGCUUGCCGAAGAUGAUAUAUAUCGAGACUUAUCUAGCAUCGCUCCAGUUUACAAAACUGCAUGCUCGUUCUAUGAGAUAGGUUAUGAGAUUCGACAAAAGAUGAAAAAUGGUAAUUCGCUGGCGUUUUCUGUUAUGAUGCUCAAAAUGGAGUCUGACUUCUUCUGCUAUUCAGCAAAUCUCCAGGACUGGAUUUGCCACUAUAUAACCCACUAUAUCGACUCGGCUAUUAACUUAGACACCCACAAUGAUACCGGCGAAAUUCUCGAAGUUGAUCGCUACCUUGAUCUUCGAAUGCACACUUGCGCAAUAUGCCCUUCUUUGGUUCUAUACGUGUAA